AUGUCGCCGGUACUCAGCGAAAUCCUCCGGUCCGGUUUUCAGAUCGUUUCCUCUCUCCGGCGAGGGACUCAUCUCGUUCAAUCCUUGUCCGUCGUCUUCCUUUACUGGUUUUACGUUUUCUCCGGAAACUCGUCCUCCGGUUCGCCGCCGGUUCGGAACUCUGGUUCGUACGGGGAUCAGCAGAACCUGCGGAAAAGGAAGCGGAUGGAUUCGAACCGGGAGUCCGCCCGGCGGUCCAGGCAGAGGAAGCAGAGGCAGCUCGACGAUCUAACGGCUCAGGUUGCUCGGCUGAGGAAGGACAACGGUCAGAUCUCGGGCAGCAUAGAUCUGACCACGCAGCACUGCGCGCGCGUGGAGGCAGAGAAUUCGGUCCUGAGGGCGCGGGUGGCGGAGCUCACACAGAGGCUCCGAUCCCUUAACGAGAUCCUCAAUCUCAUGAGCUCUGCCGGGGCCGACGGCGGCGGAGCCGCCGCCGGAGGGUGCGUUUUCGAGGCGGAGGGGUUUCCAGGUCAGGGGUUUGGAGACGGGCUGUGGAGUACGGUGGGGUUUAAUCAGGAGAGCAAGUCUAGUUUCGCGUCAAGAAACAUAUGCUAUCUUGUGAAGAAGGCCGAGAGUCAAUGGUGGAGUAGGCUUCUAAAGCAAGAGGGAAAACCCCCUGCAUUUCUGAAAAAGCUUAACAUGGGUGGAGCUGGGGAUUUUGAAGAUGACAUUCCAGAUGGCGAUGAAGAUGAUGAGAGUGAUACUGAUGAUGAGAAUAAGGGAGACACAGACACUGCUAAUGGUGGUCAUGAAGCAGCACCUGCUACUAACACUGAAUCUAAGAUGAAGGCUUGA